AAACUAAGUGUAGGGUUCACGCGAACGUGACACCUGUCUGCAAUCAAGGGGCACCGGCCAGUACGGAAGGUUUUAGCGCGGGGAGCGAGAGGUUGACAGCCGGCCAGGAGAGCCUCGUCCCGGCGUGGGCACGCACGCGUCGCCGCCAGCCCGUCAUUAACCGGUUCCGAGCGGUAUCAGAGUAGAGCCUCGCUCGGGGGAAGGAAAGUACUUUGUGUCUUCCACGGCGGGUUCCCUGGAGGAGGCGCCGGAGAUCCGAGUCUUGAUGAACGGGGAGUACCGUGCGCGGUGGGGGGGCGGCGUGCUCUGCAGCAUCCGAGCAGGAGCACCGCGGAGGAGCGAACGGGGAUUGAUUUGAUGGGAGAUUGUGCUCCUCGCUACCCCGGCGUCGUCGUGCAGCACUCGGCAUGGGGAAGGAGCAUGAGCUGCUGGAGGCCGCCCGUACCGGGAACGUGGCCGUGGUGGAGAAGCUGUUGAGCGGCAAGAAGGGCUUGCUGGGCUCUGGCUCCGGCUCCAUCCCUCUGCCCAACCUGCUGAGCAUGUGGAAGGGCCUCAACGUCAACUGCACGGACAGCUCGGGAUACACGCCGCUGCAUCACGCCGCGCUCAAUGGACACAGGGCAGUGGUGGUGAAGCUGCUCCAGUUCGAGGCCUCCGCCAAUGUGGGCGACAGCAAGGGUUGCGUCCCGCUGCAUUUGGCCGCCUGGAGGGGCGACGCGGACAUCGUGCGCAUCCUCAUCCGACACGGGCCCUCACGCUGCCAAGUCAACCAGCAGAACCUGGAGCGCGAGACGGCCCUGCACUGCGCGGCACAGUACGGCCACUCCGAGGUAGUGUCGGUACUGCUCCAGGAGCUGACGGACCCCACCAUGAGGAACAGUCGGCAGGAGACGCCCCUUGACCUGGCAGCACUCUACGGACGCCUGCAGGUGGUGUGCAUGCUGGUAAGCGCGCACCCCAACCUGAUGGGGGUGCGCAACCGGCGACACACGCCGCUCCACCUGGCUGCUCGCAACGGACACCGCAGCACCGCGCAGACGCUCCUCGAGGCCGGCAUGGACGUCAACUGUGUGACAGAGAAUGGCAGCGCCCUCCACGAAGCCGCCCUCUUUGGGAAGACGGACGUAGUUCGCCUUCUACUCAACUCAGGGAUUGACACAAAUUUGCGAGAUAGCCAGGGAAGAACAGCUCUGGACAUCCUCAGAGAACAUCCUGCGGUCAAAUCCCAGCAGAUCACAGCUCUCAUCCAAGAACAUGUGACGGAGGAAAUGGAGCGGCGCAGUAUGACGGAGGAACCCGUCCGCAAGUGUCCGGUCCCUGCGCCCCGAACCUCCAUCUCUUCGCCCUCAGCCUCGCCGUCCAUAAGGCACAAAAAUGAGGCGGUGACCAACGAGCUGUCCAAGCUGCUGCACGAGAUCAAAAAGUGCCGCGAGCGCGACUACUCCUUCGAGGAACUGUGCCACACCAUCUCCUCGCACUCCAUGGACAGCUUCGGGAGCGGGCGGCUGUCGGAUGAAGAGGCGCCCAACGGCACCUUGACGCGCACCGCCAAGCGUCCGAGUCCGUCCCUCGCCGCGGCCCCCGAGGAAGAGGACGACGAUCGGGUCGAGAAAAGUUGCGGCCCCGCUGGAUUCUGGGAAGCGUUGACCCCCUGUAAUGGCUGCCACAACCUUGGCUUCUCCAACAUGUCUCAGGACUCCAAGCAAUCGCUGUCGUUGGACGUGUUCCCUCCCGAGGACGAGGACAACCCCUACGAGUCGGUGACCACCGCCGUCACGCGCAAGCCUUGCUCGCUGGACGUGGGCCAGCGGCCCGACUCCCGUCAUCCGUCCCAUGGAUCCAUCCAGGGGGGACUCGGUGACCAUGGCGACCACUCUACGGGCCCCACUCCAGACUGCUCGCCCCCCUCCCCCGACACGGCCCUGAAGAACAUUGAGAGAGUCAUCCGCCCACAGCCCAAACAGCGCACGUCUCUGUCAUCAUCUCUGGACGUCCAGCGGCCCGUCAACCACAGCGGAGAACCCAGUGAGGUCAGCUCGUCCCUGGGUUACGCGAGCUUCAGCACCAGCCCUCCGGCAAGCCCCCCGCUCAGCCCCAACCAGGACCGGGACUCGGCCGAGUCCGAAAACGACUGCCCCCUGGCAGACGACGAACCGUCGCAGCUGCCGCUAGAGGACCGGCGGAAGAGUCGCAUUCCCGAGGAGUUCGUGGGCCUCCUUCACGGAUCUUCUCCGGCCUGCGAGACCCCCGAAACGCCGUACCACCUUUACAGCCCCAAAUCUGGCAAAACAGACUCCACGCACACUGCCCAGAAGCCAACUAAUAAACCCCAGGCGGUCUUCAGGACAGUGUUUUACACGAAAGUCAACCAGGAUCUGACAAAACCGUCCGAGCAUCAACGAAACCUUGUCGCCGAUUGCGUGGGCGCGAGCGUGCCAAAGGGUUCUGGCUACGAGGAGAGAGCCUGCACCCUUGGCAGGAUGAGGUCCGUCCCCCGCAGCGUUCUGGACCUGCAGCUCUCCAAGUCCUUGUCUAAGUCCGACUCCAAUCUGGUUGCCGUGUCGCCAAUCCAGGAAGAGAACAUUUGGGAGUCUGGAUGUCGCGGCCAAGGGUCCGGAAGUCCUAGCACGGGUGGCGGCAGUAGCACCCCAGCGGAAAAGCUUGAACGAACACCUUCGUUUACAGCUGAGUGGGAGGAGAUCGACAAGAUUAUGAGCUCCAUCGGCGCCGGGAUAGGCAGCGGACUGGACGCCAAAGACGUUGAUUCAGGUCCCCGAUGCCCGCUGCAAUCUGUGGGCCAGUGGCUGGACUCCAUCGGGCUGGUCCAGUACGAGAACCACCUGCUGGCCAACGGUUUCGACAACGUCCAGUUCAUGGGCAGCAACGUCGUGGAGGACCAGGACCUGCUGGAAAUCGGCAUCCUCAACUCUGCCCACAGACAGCGCCUCCUGCAGGCCAUACGGCUCCUGCCUAGGGUGAGGCCGAUCGGUUACGACGGCAACAACCCGACGUCUGUGGCCGAGUGGUUGGAGUCCCUGGAGCUGGGAGACUACACCAAAUCUUUCCUGGUCAACGGCUACACGUCCAUGGAGCUGGUGAAGAAGAUCUGGGAGAUCGAGCUCAUCAAUGUUCUGAAGAUUAGUCUGAUCGGUCACAGGAAACGAAUCUUGGCCUCGUUGGGGGACCGCCUACACGAAGACACCCCCCAGAAACCCCCGCGGGCCGUCUCCCUCCGGGAGCCCGUCGGCAACCACACUCCCCCUCAGCUCAGCCCGGCGGUGGGCCCGGCGGCGUACGCGGCGGGGGUCCCGGGCGGCUCGCUGGACGUGCAGCACCUCAUCAUGCAGGCGGAUGCGCGGCGGCGGCAGCGUAGCAACGACAACUACUUUGACGACGUUCCGCGAUCCAAACUGGAGCGGCAGAUGGCGCAAGUUAGCAUGGCGGGCGAGUGGUGCGAGCCCAUCACGUUGCGUCCGCCCAACGAGGCCACCUCGUCCACGCCAGUUCAGUACUGGCAGCACCACCCCGAGAAGCUCAUCUUUCAGUCGUGCGACUACGAAGCCUAUUACCUGGGCUCGAUGCUAGUAAAGGAGCUGAGGGGAACAGAGUCCACGCAUGACGCUUGCGCCAAAAUGAGGAAGUCGACGGAGCAGAUGAAGAAAGUGCCCACCAUCAUUCUCUCCGUGUCCUACAAGGGAGUGAAGUUCAUCGACGCCACAAAUAAGAACGUCAUCGCCGAGCACGAGAUCCGCAAUAUCUCGUGCGCCGCUCAGGACCCCGAGGACCUGUCCACCUUCGCCUACAUCACCAAAGACCUCAAGUCCAGCCACCACUACUGCCACGUCUUCACAGCCUUUGACGUGAACCUUGCCUACGAGAUCAUCCUGACGCUGGGGCAGGCCUUCGAGGUGGCUUACCAGCUGGCGCUGCAGGCACGCAAGAGCGGCCACGGCUCGUCCACGCUGCCCGAAAGCUUCGACGGCAAGCCCGGCAAACCCGUGCCAAAGCCGCGCGGGGUCAACGUCCGCAAAUCCGUGAUCAUGCCCCCCUCCAGCCGCUGGUCACUGGGCCACAUUUACACCCCCCACCGGCCUCCUCUCCACCCUCCUCCUCUUCCUCCCUCCCGACUCUUCCAUCUUCCUCACCCAGCUCGCUCGCAGAUGGAGCAGGCGUCCAUGGAGCAGAAGGGUCACGCCAACGUGCCGUGGAUAGUGGAACCGGGUCAGGAGGCCAAGAGAGGAGUCAACACCAAGGCAGUGGCGGACGCUCAUGUCUUUUACUGUGGAAAUCAAAGAAUGUAGCCAGCCAUAACACUCUUUUCAAAGGACUACAAACAUGGACUCCCUCGCUCCUCCCUCUCAUUGUUCACGUUUAAGCUUGACUACGACGCGCACGUAAACACACACUGAAUGUUUUCAGGGAGGUUACCAUGGAGAUGGACAAGCAGGCAUGUGUCAGUUUUUUUUUAACUUAAUUCGAGACUGGUAUUGAUGUUUAACAUGAGAAUAUUAUAACACCGCCAUCUGCUGUUGUCCUCACGUCACAUUAUUUUUUUACGCGCUCAGAACGCUGGCCGCCCCCUUUAAAAAAAAAAAAAAAUAUCGGGAAAAAAAAGUGUGAAUGUGCGGACCUCCGUCCCUCCUUUCUGGACUUUGUUCAACUACUGUACGUAUGGAAGGCUAUCCACGUAUAAAAUGUACAUAGAUAUUUUGCCAACUCAUUGUUCAUAGCUGUAAUGUAAAAGAUGGACAGAGAAAAAAAAGCUAAACAAAGACAAAAAGAAGAUAUGUGCUAGAUGAUUGUAGAGAUAAUGUACUUGGAGUGAUAUACAUGUACAUAGGCUUGGGGCUUCCAGCACGCUGAUUUUUGUAAUUUUCUGCCAUUAUUUAUAACCCUGUAAAGCACACAUGGAAUAAAAUAUGACUUGUACGACCAUGACGGAGAGACAGCCUCACAAAUUGUGUUUUAUGUUUGUUUAAGUCGGAAUCGCAUGCAUUUUGUCUUUAGAGUGCCCAUACACUUUAUAACCUAUUGACAUGACACCGGAAACGGGGCGGAUUCGUAGGGGGCCUAUUUUCAGAAAGUUCAAAUUCAAAUAUUUACAAAACCAAAGCUGCUACCGACCUAAAACCAAAACUGGCUCCUACCUUAGCCAUAUAUGAGUCUCCAUGAGCAGCGGCAUAAAAAAAAAAAAUCAAAGUCGUUUCCUUAUAAAAUCCCGAUGAAUUAUUUUCAAUACAAUUAUAACACAACUUAAAAUGGCUAUAAAGGCCUCUGAUUUUACACUAGAUGCAAAAAAAUUGCCAAAUGCAGAGAUAAUCCCUUAUAUUUUCAGGAUCAAUAGCAAUAUUUAACAUAUAUAAGUUUUUGCCCAAAAUAGCAACUUUUUUUAUUUACUGAUAAUAAAUCACUCAAUUUAACAUCAAAAACUUUAUACUUGAGGAAAACAUGCAGAAUCAAUCAUUCUUAAUACGUAAAUAGAUAAUAAAUAAAUACUAUAUACAAUCACUACACAACUUAUUAUAGAAUACAAUAUCCCUUUAUUAUCAUUGUCGUAUUUUUUGGACUAUAAGUCGCACCUGAGUAUAAGUCGCAUUUAUGGGGGAAAUUUACUUGAUAAAAUCCAAUACGUAGAACAGAUAUGUCAUCUUGAAUGGGGGAAAUUUACUUGAUAAAAUCCAAUACGUAGAACAGAUAUGUCACCUUGAAAAGCAUUUAAAAAAAAUACAAUAGAGAACAACAUGCUGAAUAAGUAUGAUAAUGUUACAUGAUGCAUGAACAACGAAAUGCGAAAGUGGCCAAUAUGUUAAAGUAACAUAGCUAUUAAGAGUUAUUCAGAUAACUAUAGCAUAAAGAACAUGCUAACAACUUUACCAAACCAUCAGUGUCACUCCAAAACACCAAAAUAGCAUGUGAAAUGAUAUCAUAAUGUGUUAAUAAUUUCACACAUAAGUCACUCCUGAGUAUAAGUCGCACCCCCUGCUAAACUAUGAAAAAAGGUGCGACUUAUAGUCCGAAAAAUACGGUAUACACUAUAUACUGUUAGCGAAUUAGGCUAGUGGCUGCCUGGCGUAAAUAGAGCUUUUCUGGCGAAAAUUCUCGUGGAUAAAUACUUAAAUCCCCGAAUUCUUCAUAGAUAUGGACGUAAAACAGUCUCGAUUCUUGGUUUAAAGCAAAGAAAACGUACAUUUAGCGUUUAUUUUACGUACAGUAUAUUGACAAAGUACCAUGCUACUAUGUUAGCGAACGAGGCUAGCGGACGCCUGGCGUAAAAGGAGCUUUUCUGGCGAAAAUUGUUGUGAAUAAAUGCUUAAAUCUCCGAAUUCUUCAUACAUAUGGAUGUAAAACAGUCUCGAUUCUUGGUUAAAAGCAAAGAAACCAUGCAGGUAACUUUCAUUUCGCGUAAAUAUUGCCAACUAUGUGGCUAGUCAGUUACGAAAAUUAGCCGCCUCCAUGUGUAAACAAAGAAGAAAAUUCUUGCAAAUAAAUGCUUCAAUCACGCAUGCAUGGUACGAAAAAUAUAAUAUUUACCUUGAAUCCUCGAACAAAUCACUCCUGAGACACUUCCUGUUUGUAUGCGAUACAGCUUUCGUGGUUAAAUCCAAUCUUAAGUAAAUCCAAGCUUAAAUCCGACAUGAGCGUAUGCCAUCUUCGGCUAUUACGAGAUGAAGCUCGGCCGCCUCUGAUAAGGCAUGUCGCAAAGAAUGACGAAGUGUCAGGUCAAUAAAUUUUUGAAGUCUAUGAAGUGCCUAGGACUGGAUAAAAAAGUCUUAAAUAGCAUGAUUGUGUGAAUUAGAAUCAUAUUUUGGGACCAUUCGACUAUAUACAACAAUUUGGCAAAGCGCAGAUGACGAGAAAUUAGUUUUUUAAUCUGCAGUUUAGCCACGCUUUUCAUUAUAGCGCUCUAGCGUCCCCAGCUGGAGGAUGACGCCCAUUGAGGGGGAAGAUUCAGAACGAGGAAAAUGCGACAAAAAGAGCAGCAAAAUGUAAUUGUUUCAAUCUCUCUACUCGAAUAUUUUACGGGAUAUUCUUUUCAUCGAAGUAUUUAUCCCCAAUUGCUAAAUAAAUGACAAAUAACAGUCUUGUGUUAAAUGGAAUAUGAUAUCUUCAAAAUGCAUUUAUUCAGUACGACAUGGCAAAAUUACUUCAUCAUGGUCAAAACUGUUGACUUCUUGCAGCUCCCGAACGAUAUUUUAUGCUAAAUUAAGUUAGUCCGGCUUUUGUCAUUUCCUUGCCUUUCCUUUGGAGAGCGUAGACAGCUAGCCGACAUGCUAAUCCGAACUGAGCGGCAUUUCCAGGUCUUAUUUUCGCCUUUCAAAGCGAAAAAUCACACAAAAAUACACCGGAUUAUGUCACACGGCAGCGAGCAAGUGACAGCUCGUCGAUCCCCUGGCAGGAGAGCUCGUUUCCUGGGGAAGCAGCUGCAGAAUGACCGCUGGACAAACCGGCCGAUGUCCGAGGUGCGUAUAGCUGCCCGAGCCCAACCCGAGGAUAAUGGUCUAUUGCUGGUGUUCUGCCAAAUUUUUCACCCUUAUAAUAUUUUUCACCCAAAUCUGUUGUGAAUAAGACCUCUUUUACAUGAAGUCUCAAUGUUAUCCACAGGUGCUAAAUAAACAAGUAACAUCAUCAGCAUAAAUGUUCAACACGUAAAUUAAUGCUUAACGACAUGGCGACGACGUAAAAAGUGAGAGAGUGGCGUGCUGUUGUUGUGUGCAGCUAUCAUGGCAGGUUGUGUCUGAGGAGAACUUUUCUACAUGUCCGUCCAUGAUCAAACGUAAGUAAAUAUUCUGUUAUUUGAAGGUUUGUUGUGUUUACUUUGUAAUCGCUGUAUUCACGGCCAUUUUUAACACAAAGUCGCAAUUUCUAUAUUAUUAUCUAUAUUUCUAUAGCGCUGUCCUAGCGGGCAAACGAAGAGGACCGAAGGGGGUGUGCAACAAGCCGCCGGUAGUCGGCCGUGUGGCAUUCUCGGUGGGAAAAGGAGCAUUGUCAGCCACAAAAUGCAAGCCACAUCCGUAUUAAAAGCUGUGCCAUGAUCCCAGUAUUUGACAUAAUACAAAACACGAUGUUUACUCACUUCCUCGCAAGUCCAAUGGUCCCACAGUUGUCGGACUUAGCCAAUCCCGGGGUUAACGGGAACCUUUUGAAAACCAAAAAGGCUCACACGCCUCUCCCUGGUGCAGCAACAAAACCCUGCAGCACAUUUGGCUGUCGUGAUUUGAAAAAUAAACGAAUUAAUCCGCAAAAUCAGCUGAAUCCGCAGUCCUCGCAUUCUUCCUCAAAACAGGAAGUUAUUAAUUUUCAUGGUGCGGGAUUCAAAAAAAUUGAAUAUAUAAAACGAUCGCUUACACGCACAUCCAAGCGGUCCAUUUCAUUCAGGAGCAUAAAAUACCGCGUGAAAUAUGAAUUAAACAUGCUUUUUUUCUGUCAUAGGCAUUUUAAAACAGAGUCUGCCCUUGAUGGUGAUAGGCGUUGAAUCAAUUUUGACUAUGAAUGAUUGCUGCCGACCCUCCCAGUCAAAAUGGAUUGGACGUGUACCGCCAUCAAUAGCAGUGAAUGAGUUAAAAGCUUGCUACAACAGUGCUUUCUCGUGGGAUCCAUGCCCAGUCAGCAAGAAGUGACCAGCUGUUAAAUGUCAGGUAAGUGUAACACAAAUACACAAACAACUACAGUAACCCCUUUCAAAAUAAGAGUCACUUAUGACUGAUUAUUCUGUGUAUCCUGUUGUAAUGUGACACUUUUUCAGCAAAUUCUAUAACCACGUGAAGCACAAAAUGGACGCCCUUGAUGACCGAUGACAGCUAUAGAUUUUUGCAGAAUGUAGUUUUUGUAAAUUUAAAUGCAUUUUGCUUAUUCCUUUAAAUCUGCAAAAUAAAAAUAAAAAAAAUUUGCUGAACUAAGUGUCAAAAUUGUCAAAACAAAUUUUUUUCAGCAGGUGAUAGCAAAAACAUUCAAAACAUACUACUGAAAUUUUCGUACUAUAAGCCGCUACUUUUUUCCCUCAUUUUGCAUCCUGCACCUUAUAGUCCAGUACAAGUUAAUUGUUGAUUUACAACGGCGUCAUAAGGCUGUCAUAAUUAUGACAUGACACUAUCAUGGGCAUUACUGAAUGCUUAUGACAGAUGUCAUUCAGUGUUAUCAGGCAUAUUAUGUCGCUAACUCCAGUUAUGUCCAGCUCGGAUUUUUAUAUCUAUUCAAAAGGGAGAUAAUAUGCCAGAUGACACUAAAUGACAUCUGUUAUAAGCAUUGAUUAAUGCUCAUGACAGUGUCAUGUCAUAAUUAUGAUUGUCUUAUGACGCCACUGUGAAUAAAGUGUUGCCAAAUACCAUAACUAGUAAUUAAUGAAACAACUAGAACAGUAACUGAAGUAAUAAUUAGCACAGAAAAUAAAUUUUGAUUGUUAUUUACAUCUGUAGCGCUGUAAUGCAUGCUAAGAGGCAUGUUGGACGACAACAACAGCAGGAGGUUGACUGUCUCCACCAAAGGAGCGGUAAUGGCCAAAUGAAGCAAUAAUUCAUGGUGGUUCAUUCGGUCUUUUGACAGUCUGAGGAUGCCGCUGUCAAAUAAAGUGCUACCGGUCAUAGACUUUGUAAUAUAUUGACAGGACACAGGGCGUGGGGCCGAUUAAUGGGGGGCCUGAUCACCACUAAGAGCUUUUAACAUUGAAUAUUUUCGUGAAUAAAUGCUUAAAUCCCUGAAUUCUUUAUUGAUAUGGAUGUAAAACAGUCUCAAUUCUUGGUUAAAAGCAAAAAAAACGGGCAGUAAGCAUAUAUUUUACGUAAAUAUGUCGAAUGUGCUACGAGCCUUGAAGCUACUGUGGCGCCGCCUUAUCACCACUAAGAGCUUUUUACGUUGAGAAUUUUUGUGAAUAAAUGCUUAAAAUCCCUCAAUUCUUUAUAUAUAUGGUUGUAAAACAUUCUCAAAUCUUGGUUGAAAGCAAAAAAAAAACAAAAAACGGGCAGUUAGCAUAAAUUUUACGUAAAUGUCGAAUGUGCUGCUAGCCUUGAAGACACUGUGGCGGCGCCUUCAUAAAAUAGCCUCAAUUCUUGGUUGAAAGGAAAAAAACGGGCAGUUAGCAUUCAUUUUACGUUAAUAUUGCGAAGUAUAACGCCAAUGCUGUAGAGGCUAAUUUCUCCCAUUGAUUUUUUUUCACAUUUCAAAAUGCAUGCAAGGUAUGAAAAAUAUAAUAAUUACCUUGAAUCAUCGAACAAAUCACUCCUGAGACAAUAUUUCCCUUUUGUAUGCGGUACAGCUUUAGUACUUUUUCACCCUUAAUCCGGCGGUGGAUCGCUGCAUGUGUUUGAGAAAAACUGCGGCCGUCUGCAAAUAACUGAAGUGUGGGACGGCCGCCUAGGAAAAGGCAUUGCGCAGUGUCUGGGGAAUGUUUUCCAUCAAUAUAAUUAUGUAGUCAUUAUGAAAGUAGACACUUCUUUCAUCUGUGUGAUUUUGACAAAGAUCAGAUCACAUUUGAUGGUAAUUUUAUGCAGAAAUGUGAGAAAUUCCAAAAGGUUCUGAUACUUUUUCAUACCACUGUAUGUCUAGCUUGGAUCUUUACCAAAUACCAUAACUAGCAAUUAAUGCAACAACUGGAACAGUAACUGAAGAAUUGGCACAGAAUAUGAGUUUUGAUUGUUAUAUACAUCUAUAGCGCUGCAAUGCAUGCUAGGAGGCAUGUUGGACAACAAUGGUAUUGACAGCAGGUGGCAGCAGAGGUUGACUGUCUCCUCCAAUGGAGCAGUGAUGGCCAAAUGAAGCUUCUUGAAGCAAUGAAGCUUUGCAGCCAUUUGGUCUCAUGACAGUCGUAUGAUGCUGCUGUCCAAUAAAGUGUUAAUGGGUAAUAUCUUUUGGUGUAAAUAUCCCAUAAUACAAUGAGGACAGCUGCGGUUUAUAGUCCAGUGGGGCUUAUCUAUGACCAAAUGCCGUUUUUGUGUCAAAAUUGGUGGGUGGCGGCUUAUAGUCAGGUGCAGUGACGCCACCAGAGGGUAGCCAGAGGUGGCCACGGCCCCCCAAUAAAUUUGUUGGCCACCCCUCUUUUGUUAAAUGUUCACUUUAUGCUUAAUAUAUACAUAACACAAUAAAACAGAAUUGUUGUGGAACUCAAAAUGUUGACUGGACUGUUAUGGACUAUGCACAUUAAAUCAUGAGUAAGAUUAAAUUAGAGCAGCAGCAUAAGCAGAUUUUAACGGGGGGUCGGGCCCCUCCUGGUGUCCGAAAAUUGUCAUUGCAUGUAAUUGACUUUCCUAUAUGUAUAAAUGUUGUAAAGCAAUAAAACUGCAACAAAAAUGAAUGAAAUGAACAAAAUUUUUUUUUUUUUUUUGUAAUAGGUCAAAAUUAUUUUUCAAGCACCUUUACGGUCAUUUGCUUUGCAUUUAACGUAAAAAAAAAAAAAAAUUGGGAAAAAAAUAUUUUUAAAAAUGAUUAUUUUUCUUUUGUCGAAAAUAUAUUUUUUUUUGAUUGAAGCAUUUUUUUAAAUUGAAUGAUUUAGACACAAAUGUCCUAAUCAAAAAAGGAUUGCUUCAACCAAAGAAAACUUUUUCAAUGAACAGUUGUGUUCAAAUGCAAAUUUUUCAAUCUCAAAUAUUUUUUCGCAUUCAAAAACUUUUGCUAUGAUUGAAAUUUUUCUUUUUUUUAUUGAAGUGAUUUUCUUUUUGAAAAUCUAUAUAUAUAUUUUUAAGCAACUUAUUUUUAGACUGAAUAAAAAAAAAUGUCCUAGCCAAAAUGUGGCCCGAAAACAAAUCAACAUUACUUCAAUCAAAAACCUUGCUUCAAUCAAAAAAAAAAAAAUAAUAA